AUGCCUCCUAUAGACAACUCCACAGGUCUGCUUAGCCAACCCGUCCCUCAGCCAUCAACUCCUGCACCAAAACCUCCAGAAACAACCUCUAAUGCUAUUCAAAUUGUUAAUGCCAAUUCACCAUGUCGUUCUUCGUCGCCUGAUAAACUUGACCCUCGUAAUUUUAAAGUUCAACGAAAGAAAGUUGAAACUAAUGAAACAGCUAUAUUGGACCCAAUCAACAUUGAAAAUAGAAGAUCCUUGGAUUCAGAAAACGAUCUCGCUACUUCUUUAGAAGAAAGAUUUUCGAGACUUCGAACAAAUUCAAAUAAUAAUUACAAUAACAGCUUGGUUAGAAAAAGUCUUCUUGAUUCAAAUCAAAAUUAUAAUUAUAAUUAUAGUCAUAGUCAUAGUGAAUCACCAGUAACUGUGACUUCAUCAAAAGACAAAAAUCGUUAUUCUCGACCUCUCCCUAUCCCUGACAUUUUGCACAAAUUCCAGGAUUCACCUGGGGGAUCAAAAAAUCAAAAUAAACCUACAAUAUCAAUGCCCGAACCCAUUAUUGCCCAACAAGGAUUAUUGAAAAACAAUGAUACUUUUGGCAAAAGUCAUAGGAGAAAUCAUAUAUUACAUAUGCCAGAACCAGGUGGGCCCCCUAAUCUUUCUUCAGCUGUUUUAAUUCCCCAAGUAAACGGAACUCAAACUUCAAAUGGUGUUGCAAUGAGUUUUUCACCACCAGGAACUAAUUCGUUUGAUCUAAAACAAUCAGAUUCACAAAACUUAGUCCAAAUUUCGAAAAAUAGAGAAUUUGAUUUUCCUAAAACUUUUAUAAUUUUACCCGAAGAACUUAAUAAGCUUUUGCAAUUAUACCCAGAACAAAUUCUUAUUAUAGAUAUCCGUCCGCGUGAAUACUUUAACAAUGGACAUAUUCCUUCUUCGAAUUUGGUGUGUUUUGAACCUGUCGCCAUUCAUUCAAGCUUAGUCGUUAAUGAUGAAACAUUAGAGCAAGCCUUAGUUUUGUCACCAGAUUAUGAGCAACAGUUAUUUAAACAACGCCAUAAAUUUCCAUUUGUUGUUUAUUAUGAUGCAAAUACAAGAAGUGCUGAUUUUUUAAAUGGAAGAUAUUUAAACGAACAAGACAAAAGAUUAGCAACAUUCAUUGACUAUUUAUACCGAAAACCAAUAAACAAACCUUUACAACGCCCCCCAGCUUUGUUGGUUGGUGGUUUAGAAGGAUGGAUAAAAAUGUACGGAAAAAAUAAAAUUUGGAAAAGUACAACGCUGCCUUUAGACCUUCCACCUUCUGCAUCUGCAUCUCUUAAUAAUCUUCGUGGUCCAAUGGGACCAGAAACACUUCAGUCAAUUCCAAAUAUUGUACCUCCUCUCAAUUUGCAACAUUCGGUUUCUUUAUGGAAAGCAGAAUAUUUAGAAAAUAAUUCAAUUGUUGCACCAAAAAUUCCUCAGGUGAUUCCAUCACGACCUUAUGGAUCACGAAAGGGCAGUACAGCAUCUCCGAAUCAUCGUUUAUCAUUUGAUGGUUCAAAUCCUCCUGUUACAACCCCAGCACAUGAAAUGACUAUUGGGACAUCAUCUUAUAACUACGCUCGAAACACUAAUGAUUUUUUUACAAUGCCAACUCCUACUGUUCCACAGUCUUUGCAAAGUUCGUAUUCUUCGUCUAGACCUACCACAACAGAUGAUCUUUAUUCUAUACCAUUAAAUGGAAGACAAACCAGAUCUGGUCAGCUUCCUAAUGGAAUACAGAGAUCUGACCCUAAUUUACCUAAAUUACCACCCCCGGUUGCCCAUGUCCCACAAUCUCAAUCUCAGUACCCACAUAUGGAAAUUAAUUCAGGUUAUGCCAUGGGCCAUGCUCCUGGUGCUUCUGACGGUCAUUCUGGUGCAUUGAUACUUGGAUCGUUACCUCCAAUUCAAAACCUGUGCACUAACAGGCCUGGUUCAAGUACUUUGGUCAAAACAUCGCAGAAUAUACAGCCAUUAAAACAUCCAGAAUCAUUUAAUCAAGUUUUGAGAUCAUUUUCAACUGGUUUGUCAAACUUGGGAAAUACAUGCUACAUGAACUGUAUUAUCCAAUGCAUCGCAGCAACUGAGAAGCUUGCAGGCCCAAUAAUAACAAUGCCCGAUUUGGCUAAUUUAAACAGCAAGCUUGGAUAUAAGGGUGUUUUAUAUUCUACUUUUUCUAGACUUUUGCAAGAGAUGAUUCGGAAAGAUAAUUCAUAUGUUUCGCCGGUACAGUUUAGAAAGUUAUGUGGAAGUUUGUCUCAUACUUUUAGUGGAUACCAACAACAAGACUGUCAUGAGUUUCUUAAUUUUCUUUUAGAUGGGUUACAUGAAGAACUUAAUCGAGCAGGAGAUAAGCAGCCACUCAAGCCAUUAACUGAAGAUGAGGAACGAAUUCAAGAACAGUUGAGCUUUCGUGUUGCAUCUGCAAAACAAUGGAAAAGAUAUUUAUAUUCAAACAAUUCUCCAAUUUCAACUUUGAUCCAAGGCCAAUAUUUAAGCCGGUUAACAUGUACUGUAUGCAAAACUACCUCAACAACCUAUAACGCCUUCUCAUGCCUUAGUUUGCCAAUUCCUUCUGUGUCUGACAUGGGACGGAGUAGUGUCCGGCUUGUUGAUUGUUUCAGACUUUUUACAGUUGAGGAAGUUCUUGAUGGUGACAAUGCAUGGCAUUGUCCACAGUGCAAAAAACGCCGAAAGACAACUAAGACGAUGAAAAUUACACGAUUGCCGGAAAUUUUAAUUGUUCAUUUAAAAAGAUUUCAGCAACAUGGUACUUCCAGUAACAAAUUGGAAACAUUUGUUUCGUAUCCUAUUAAUUCACUUGAUUUGACAGAAUUCUGGGUACAGCCAACUACCCAAGCAGAUGAAACAGUUCAGCAUGGCGGUCAAUAUCCUCCAUUUUUAUACAACCUGUAUGGAGUGGCUACUCACCAGGGUACACUUAAAGGAGGACAUUAUACAUCGUUUGUGAGACGUGGUCGAAAUGGAUGGUGCUACUUUGAUGAUACAAGAGUUUAUCGCAAUGUGAACCCAAGUCAUGUUGUUACACAACAUGCGUAUGUUUUAUUUUUUGAGCGCGUUAGACCAGUUCAUUAA